GCCGACGCUGAUGAUAUCUGCCGCGAUUUCCUGCGCAACGUCUGCAAGCGGGGCAAGCGCUGCCGCUUCCGGCACCCCGACAUCAGCGAGGUGACCAACCUGGGCGUGCGCAAGAACGAAUUCAUCUUCUGCCACGACUUCCAGAACAAGGAAUGCGUGCGCCUCAACUGCCGCUUCAUCCACGGCACCAAGGAGGAUGAGGACUGCUACAAGAAGACGGGCGAGCUGCCCCCGCGCCUGCGGCAGAAAGUGGCGGCGGGACUCGGCCUCUCGCCCGCCGACCUGCCCAACAGCAAGGAGGAGGUGCCCAUCUGCAGGGACUUCUUGAAGGGUGACUGUCAGCGGGGUGCCAAGUGUAAGUUCCAGCACCUGCAGCGGGACUAUGAGUACGAGGCGCGGGGCAUGGCCACCCGGGAGCCGGGCAUGGUGGCCGCCGUGCGUCGCUACGACCCCUACGAUGCCAUAUAUGACGGCGACCGCUACGACGACCACGAGCCCCUGCUGAAGCGGCGGCGGGUGGACGGGCUGUCCUUUGAGACCUACGAGUACAGCUUCGCCAACCCACGGACAGUGGAGUACCGGCUGCUGGAAGAGGAGAACAUCAUGCUGAGGAAGCGCGUGGAGGACCUCAAGAAGCAGGUGAACAACCUGAUGGCGACCAACGAGGUGCUCUUGGAGCAGAACGCCCAGUUCCGCAACCAGGCCAAGGUGAUGACGCUGAGCUCCACGGCCACGGCCACCGAGCAGACUCUGGCCCCCACCGUGGGCACCGUCACCAAUUACAACCACAGCAUCGCGCAGACCCACACCACGCUCAGCAGCCAGGCCUUGCAGCCCCGGCCCGUCUCCCAGCAGGAUUUGGUAGCGCCUGCUGGCGCCCAGGCAGCACCCCCGGCCAACGCCGCUCCCCCCAUGAACCCUGAAAUCACCCCUCUCUCGGCCGCCCUGGCACAGACCAUUGCCCAGGGCAUGGCUCCCCCGGUCUCCAUGGCCCCGGUGGCCGUUUCGGUGGCUCCGGUGGCCGUGUCGAUGGCGCAGCCGCUGGGAGGCAUCACCAUGAGCCACGCCACCACCCCGAUGGUGACGUACCCCAUUGCCUCGCAGAGCAUGCGGAUAACAGCCAUGCCGCACUGACGGCCCCCCGCCCGUGCCCAUGCCUUUGCCUCCAGCUUCGGGGGCUGAGCGAUGCAAAACUGAGGAACCCUCAGGAAUCCUCGGGACCUUCAUAUCCAGGCUGGGGAUGGAGGAAGGGGCAUCUCCUCCUGGCCUUGAGCCGUGUGGCGGUGGAUUCAGGGAUGAGGGAUGAAUGGUGUGGGGGUGCCCGGUGCCUCCACCCUCUCUGUAGCCCCUGAAUGGGACAGAGGGAUAACCCUGGGACAGAAGGACGAGCUGCAGGGACCCUUUCUGGCUCUAUCUUUGAGCUGUGCCCGGAGGGGGGCGGGGGAGGGGGGCAGCACCAGGACCCUCAGCGCAGCCUCCCCCCCCCUGCGUUCCGUGUAACGUUUUCAGCCAUUAAACGCAAUGACUCCA